AACCGAUUCCCAAGCCGCCUGGAUCGGGCGACGUAGUGACGCAAGACAGCGUUGGAAACCUCGCCGCCACGGGUGGGAGGCUUCGACCACUCGCCGCCGUGCCUGCCGACACCGCACACUCGAGGACUGGAGACUGGAUGGUGAAUUAAGUGCUCGUUGUUCUUCCUCCUGCGUCUGGAUUACGCCGCAGCCCCCUAGAAUCAAACGUUCGUUGGAGGAUACAGAAUUAAAGAGGAGGAGGUCGAGUUAGCAUGUCAGUGCCUUCGAUGGUACAUCGAUCUGGAGACACCCUGGUAGUGCGCAGCUUGGUGAGCGGCGACGCGCUGUUCGGCUCGUCGACGGGCGUCGACGCCGAGGACCGCGACGACGAGGAGGGCCACUCGGCGCCCGACCACGACGGCAGCAAGCAGCUACCCGACUGCAAGGUGAAGCGGAAUUACACGUGCGCCAGCGCCCACUGCGACUUCUUCACGCAGAACCCGCGCGUCUACCUCUACCACCUCCGCGAUGUGCACGGCGAGAAGGUGAGGAUCUACGAGUGCCCCAGCUGUCUGUACGCGUCGCGCCACUUCCAGAAGCUGCUCCGCCACUCCAAGAUGGUGCACGGCUCCAGCGACGGCGUCGAGCCCGCCGGCAAGGCGCGCAAACGGCCGCCUCCCGACGACGAGCCGCCCCAGGUGGCGACGGACGAGUGCGAGCAAGACGAGGCCCCCGAGGAAACCUCCGCCGUGUUCAAGUGUUCCGUGUGCGAGUUCACCGGACGCAGCCAGGCGCAGCUGUCGCGGCACGAGCGCGAGGAGCACAUCAAGACGAAGUUCUUCCGGUGCUCCAAGUGCACCUACGUCACCCACAUCAAGGCCAGGUACACCAAGCACGUCAAGUACCACUCGAUGCCGAUGAUCAAGUGCGACAUGUGCGACUUCCGGACGCCCUACAAGUGGAACCUGGACAGGCACUGCAAGAACCACAACGGACACGGCGCCUUCAGGUGUUCCGCCUGCAACUUCACCGCCGACAUCAAGCAGAGUCUGACGGUGCACGAGAUGAACCACCACGUGCCGCCCGUGGGACAGGCGGCGGGAUUGGGGGUGGGACGACGCCGCAACAAGGUCGGCGCCAGCGACGCCACCGCCGCGGAAGAAGCCGCCCAGCACCAGGCCAUCAAGAACGAGCCCGAGCAGACGGCGGUCCAGCCAGCCGCCGCAGACGUCGACAGAAAGCCGAAGCUGAAGGCCCCGCCCAAGAAGAUCAAAUCGGAAAACGGCGGCGAGUCCAAGACCUUCGGCGGUUCCGAUUUCAUCCAUCCGGACGACAUCAUCCACCACGCCAAUGGCAAGGUGUACAUCAAGAGCAAGUGCAAACAGUGCAACUACAAAUCCGCUUGGGACACCGAGAUGGCCAAGCACGAGAAAAAGGUCCACAACAUCCACCGGGAGGAAAGCAAGCCAGUGAUCAAGAAACCGGCGAGGCCCAUCCCCAACCUCAUCCCCAUCCCGGCGCAGACCUCGGUGUUGAAGCUGGGCCACCAGAGGCCCCUGUAUCCGGUGCUGAAGACUGCGCCGGACAUCCCCGAGCCCAGCGAACCGAUAAUGAGCCAGAAGGUCGUCAACGACAUCUGGGCGAAAUCUGGCAACAGUGCGUUGAAGGACUUUGCCUCGCUGUUCGAUUCCGAGGACGUAUUCAAAGCCUCCACCCCCAAAGUACCUGAUCUCAUACCCGCCUCCAUCUACAAUUCCUCGCCCAAAAGCAAACUAGGCGAAGUGUUCAAGCAGAAGAACGCCUCGUUCUUCGACAACCUCAGGGAGAAGCUGGAGCAGGGCACCGGCGGCAGCUGCAACCUCAUCUGCAGCCUGUGCGGUCACGAGAGCAAGUGCCUCACCGAGCAGGUCAAGCACCAGAAGACGUGCGGCAAAGAGACCAACAAGGUGCAGACCGUCGUUCGUUCCCACAACAUCAGCUCCUCCCGCUGCAAAUUCUGUAGACAGAGAUGCAAGUCGAGCGCAGAUCUAUACAAUCACCUGCAAACGUGCCCCGAAGCCUUGAAGGCCGAAAUCGUAGACAUCAAGAUGGAACCCUUGGAUGUCAAGGAGGAGAUGGACACUUAUUCUGAACACGAACUAAGGAUAGACGAAGACCAGAGCACCGAAGAUUCCGAGAUCAAACCGCACCCCAUGGAGAACAAAGUGUUCGUGUGGAACGACAUCAUGGUGCCGAUGGAUAUCGAGGUCGACGAUUCCAACUACGAAUACACUGAUGACAAAGUGGACGACAACGUCUCCUUGGACCUCUCCGUACGCACACACUCCCCCAUGGGCAGCGAGAGCAGUUACCUGGGUCCCGACUUGACCGCGACCAACCACAACGUUCACCACUCGCCCUUACCCACCACCGACAAAAUUCCCACCCACGGCAACGACAUCUCCGUGGCGCAGCACAAGCGCGUGUUCAAGUGCCCGCAUUGCACCUUCUGGGCCUCCACGGCGUCGCGCUUCCACGUCCACAUCGUGGGUCACUUAAACAAGAAACCCUUCGAGUGUUCCCUCUGCUCCUACCGCUCCAAUUGGCGAUGGGACAUCACCAAACACAUCAAACUCAAGUCGGUGAGGGACCAGGCCCACGAGUCGGCCAAGGUGCUGAUGACCGACGAGACGGGCAGGCGGAACUACACCAAGUACAACAAGUACCUGACGGAGAUCCCGGUGAGCAGCGAUCAGAGCAUGGACACCAGCGGGGGCUGCGGCACCAGACCGAAACACCACGACCGCAACAACUCGCCCUCCACCAGCAAAUCGGACCUGCCCAAGCUGCCCAGGGCGCCCAACAGCUGCGACUUCAGUCCCCUGCUGAAGAACUCGCCGCUGCGCUCGCCACCAGGGCUGAGGGUGGCCGACAUGGUGGCCAACCACUCCUCGGCGAGGAUAUCGGAAAAGAAACGGCCCAGCACGGAGGGGAAGAAGACGCUGUUCAAGUGCAAGAAGUGCAAUUUCAGGGACGCUUCUCGGGACAUCCUGCUGCAGCACGUGAAGGGCCACUACCAGCAGGCGGGCGGGCCGUCCACCAGCUCGCAGGAUCUGAGUUUAAGGGGUACGAGUCCUGAUAAAGAUGAGGCAAGUGUAAAUAACAUAAUAGGGAAGGGAGGCAGCGCCCCUUUCCGUUGCGGUCACUGCAACCAGGUAUCUAAUUGGAAGCAUGUCAUCCAGAGGCACUGCAGGUUGAAGCACAGUGGCGACGUCCGCGUCGUCAGCAACAAGAACGGCCAAGAAAGAAUUGAGGUGGAGGAGCAGACCGACGAGCCAGACCACGUCGAUGUGCCCCAGGAAGGCGUUUUCAGGUGCACCUCCUGCCCCUUCUCCUGCGACAAUGACCUGGACUACGACCAGCACCGCGUCGGACACGUCCCCACCUCGGAGAGCAUCCUCAAGUGCCACUACUGCAACUACUUCGUCUCCAACAAGGAGGACCUGGUGGAGCAUCUCAGGCUGCACGGCAUCUCCGAGCCGGAGGAGUUCCUAAGUAAAAUGACGGAGAAGGGCGCGAACGAUGCGGACGGGAAGAAGUUCAGGUGCGUCAUUUGUCCUUACGUCACCAACUCCAAGUCGCAGUACACCUACCACAGACAGUUCCACAAACCUAGAGGGGGCCAGUAUACCUGCACGCAGUGUUCUUAUAACGUCAGCAAGAGGCAUUUGCUCCAUCAACACUUGAAGGUGCACGGGAUCAACGUUACUUCCCACAGACAGAACGGAGAGGUUAUAUACUUGGACGAAAUAACGGACGAGAUCGAAGAAGUGCCUUCUUCCGCUACCGCUCUGGACGCACAGAACUUUGCAGACAUUCCCCUGGUGUGGGUGUCAAAGAACGGGAAGUUCUCGAAGAUGUUCAAGUGCAGGUACUGCCCCCACGUCAAUUUGAGGAAAGUUAACAUACAAGAGCACGAGAAGAUGCACAGUAUCCGUGAGAAAAACCCCAACUCCUCUAGGUUGAACGACAUAGAACAUCGAUGCACCGAGUGCAACUACGUGUGUAACAACGCGGGGGUGCUGUCUUCACACUCGAAAGUCCAUCAGGGUUUGUACGGUACGGUGCACAGAUUGGUAGAUCCCAGUCGUACCGACGAGGAACAGAUCCGGGAGCUGAGCAGAAGCACCGGGAUUCAACCGGUGACGGACGGUGUGCCGUUCGAGGACUUUGAAAUCACUGAAACAACAGCCAUGGAAAGCGACGAGGUGGACAGUUCGUCGGGAUCGGGAUCUGUUCUGUACUUCUGCAAGGAGUGUCCGGCGAGGUUUCUGAAAGAGAACGAGUUCGGCAUCCACAAGAGAUUCCACGGUUCGAGGCUGUUCUACAAGUGUGACUAUUGCACUUACACGGCGAGAGAGAAACCUCACUUGUACUCCCACUCGAAGGUACACACCAGCGAGUACCAGGACAGGACGAAGGUGUUGCAGAACAUGUACAUCACGAGCGCCAACUACCCGCAACCCCACACCGUUCCCUUGAAGUCUGGCGGUGAUUCCAGCUGGGUGGUGGCCGAGAAUAACAAUAAAUCCAUGGAGAUGAGCACCCUUUGCAGUAUCCUGAACAAGCCCGUGAAGUCUACCCAGAACGUGCCAUUAUCCGGGACCGACCUGUUCCUACAGAAGUCCGAGGCCCAACAGAAACAAGCGGCUCAACUAAGGGAGAUGUCCCCUACACCGCAGAAAUCCAUAGACCCCCAGUUUGGGGUCCUUAUGCAUGGAAACCCCGACUUCAUCUACCCUACAUAUCUGAAAAACGGCCGAAUGAAGGAGAAGCGCUACAAGUGCCAUAAGUGUCCCAGCGCGUUCGAGAAACGGGAGCAGUACAAAGUCCACUUGGGCCUGCACGGCGCCAAGCAGCGCUACUGCUGCGACUACUGUGAUUACUCCGUAAAGUACUACGCCAACUACGCCCAGCACUUGAAGAAGCACAAGCUGAACGCCGCCGCCCACGCGGCGAGGAGGUCCAGUGACGACGCCGAUCUUGACGUAGAUGAGAGCGCUGAAGUUACCAGUGAAGUUACCACAGAGGAGAGCCCUUCGAAACUCUCCCUGGCCGACCAGCAGAUGCUCGCGGUCGAAGAACAACGGAAAGCCGCUAGCCCCACCAAGGAAGUCGAGGAUAGGAAGGUGUUCUGGUGCCCCAGCUGUCCCUACACCAACGCGAGGAAGGACGCGGUGGACAACCACCAGAAACGUCACGUCAGCGUGUCCGGGGUGCGAUGCACCUACACCUGCGAGCACUGCGACUACUCCGUGCCGCAGAACCACUUCCUCAGGGAGCACACCAAGCUGCACUUCGUGCCGAAUAAAGUCAAUCAGGUGGAGGGGUUCAUGAGUUGCGAUAACAUAAAGCUGACCUCGAUCAAGACGGAGGAGGACGCGGCGGACGACAAGAGUUUGAUUUUCGAGGAGCGCGGGGAGGAGAGGCAGUUCGCGCCGCCGCUGAGCGCGGAAGUAGCGGAACGGUUCAAUAACAAUGAGGGUGAGAAACUGUUCGUGAACGUACAAACGGGUGAGGUAGUGGAUAGGAGGAAAAUUAGUGAUACCACGCCGCGUCGGUCCUCGGUGAAGACGGAGGACGGCGACUUGGAAGUAAUUUAGUCAAACUUCUAGUGAUAAUUAAUUACAAAUCUAUUUACCUAAUUUAUCAGAACUUACUUAAUACCACAUAAAUUUAUAACGUGUUAACAAUAAUUGCCUUAGUCAUAGAGUAUUUUUACAGAGUAUUUUCACAUGAAGGUAGCAGAAAUUUAAAUAUAGUAUUAUUACCACUUUUCAUACUGUAUUUGUACAUAUUCUGUUCUUAGAAGUAUUAAUUUUUAUUUUCAUGGGGUUUAAUGCCAAAGCAUUCAAAGCCAAAAUUUGCCAUAUUAUUGUUGUUUAUUGUUUACAGAGAAAAUAUAUGACUUAUAACUUA